CCUUUUGUAGUGAACAUGGAAGCCACAUCAGUUUUUUGGCAAAAACAUGGAUCUCAGAUUUUUCUUCGUUCUUCGACCAAUUUAUGUCCGUUAAGCAAACUCUAUGGCUUUCCCGUGAAGUCAUUUCCCGGAAAUGGAUGCGCUUAGGAAAGAGAUCGAUGCACUAAAGCCGAAAGUAAAGAACACACUCAUGUCUUCUCAAGGCAUUGACUCGACAAAGAAAAGAAUACUUAUGAUAUAUUUGUUGGUGAGCCUUGGCCUUGCAUAUCACUUCGAGGAAGAGAUCUAUGAAACUCUAAAAGAUGGUUUUGAAAACAUAGAGAAGAUGAUGGACGGUGAAGACGAUUUGUACACAGUUUCCGUCAUCUUUUGGGUUUUCAGAAGAUACGGUCACCACAUAUCUUCCGAUGUAUUCCAAAGAUUCAAAGGGAGCAAUGGAAACUUCAAAGAAUCUCUUUUUGGAGAUGCAAAGGGUCUGUUGAGCUUGUAUGAAGCUGCACAUUUGAGGACGACGAAAGAUUAUAUACUAGACGAAGCAUUAAGCUUCACAUCAAACCACUUGGAGUCAUUAGCUGCAUGUGGUUCAUGCCCGCCUCACCUCUCAGUGGGUAUACAAAAUGCUCUGUGUUUAUCUCAGCAUUGGAACAUGGAGAUGUUAGUCCCAGUGCAGUUCAUACCAUUUUAUGAACAAGAAAAAGACCAUGACGAGAUGCUACUCAAGUUUGCUAAGCUCAGUUUCAAGUUGGGACAACUCCAAUACCUUCAAGAACUCAAAUCCUUACAAAGUAUAUGGUACAAGGAGCUAGACUUUGCAACUAAUUUGCCACCUUACUUCAGAGACAGAAUUGUCGAACAUCAUUUCCUUGUGCAAGCGGUGUUCUUCGCACCACAACUCUCACGUGAAAGGAUUAUGAUGAUUCAGUACUUCACCGGUUUAGCACUUCUAGAUGACACAUUCGAUAGAUAUGUGUCUCUUCCUGAAGCUGAAUGCCUCGCCAACAGCUUGGAAAGGUGGGCUCCCGAUCAAGCAAUGGAUAAACAACCUGAUUAUUUGAGAUUCGUGUUGAACUUUAUUUUGGAUACUUUUAAAGAGUUUGAAAGAGAACUAGGGCCAGAAGGAAGAUCUUACAGUGUGAAUGCCACUAUAGAAGAGGUAACCAAUCAAAUUCUUCUUUUGGGUCACAUGCCUAGCUUUGAGGAGUACAUGGAGGUUGGUGAGGUGGAGGUCACAGUGUGUGCGACCUUGGCAGGUAUUUUCAUGUCUAUCGGAAAGAUGGCUACAAAGGAAUCUUUUGAGUGGCUAAAAGCCAGACCAAAACUCGUCCAAUCUUUAUCUAUGAGAGGUCGUCUUAUGAAUGAUUUGAUGGGUUAUGAGGAUGACAUGAGUAGAGGAUAUGUCACGAAUGCGAUCAACUGUUAUAUGAAGCAAUAUGGGGUUACCAAAGAGGAAGCUUGUAGAGAGCUUCAUAAAAUGGUUGCAGAUGCCAAUAAGACACUAAAUGAGGAGUUCUUGACAACAACUGACGUGUCACAUUUUCAUCUUAAGGCAACCAUUGAUCUUGCACGCAUGAUGACCGUCGCCUACAAUGUAAAUGAAGGAUUCACCAAUCCCCAAGGAAAAAUCAAGGAGUAUAUGACUUCUAUAUUACUACCCUCCAAACACUUUGUCCUCAUUCAUUUUCUGGCCAAAGAGAAACAAAUGGCGACAGAUGUUCUCAGCUUCAGGGACGAUAGUAGUCUCGAGGACUGGCAUGACUUUGAGGUUGAUCCGCAAUCGCUAUUGUCGAGGAACGGGAGCUUCGAUAUGAUAGUCUCGCGUCCGAGAGACAUUGAUGACAUACCGUUGUCUCAGCCGUUGGAUCAUCAAAUGAAGACGAAGUUUGUGAGUUGCAGCCUCCCAAACUCAGCAGCCACGUCACCUAGACAUAGCUCGAUUCACAACUGGAAGGACAGAACCACUGAGCAAGUUCUUGACCUAAUGCUCGUUCAAGAUGCAGCCACUGCGUUCCGAAGAAGCAAAUCUUGCGGCGAAGGACGUGCUUGCACACCAUCGCUCGAUUUCGACAUGCUAUUGCAUAAAUCAAGAAAUGGACAUCAUAAUCCUAAUAAUAAUCAUCAUCAUCAUGGCUAUUCUUCCUCUAACUCCAAGAGUCUAUCUCACAAGAGUAGUGGAAACAACUCUUUCUUCUCAAAAACAGAGUCCAACAAAAGCAACAGAAGCAAUACCAAUACCAAUACCGCCAAUUCGAAAAGCAUCAAUUCAUUCGAAGACGGAUUCAAAUGCAGCGCUUUAUGUCUCUACUUACCCGGUUUCAGCAAAGGAAAACCCGUAAGAUCAUCUCGAAAAGGCGAUUCCUCGUUCACUAGAACCACUACCAUGACUUCCUCUCAAUCGAUGGCAAGAACCGCUUCCAUUAGAGACACUACGGUGCUCUCAGCUCGAGCCUCUUUAGAGCGGUUCGAGUGCGGUUCAUGGACCUCUUCGGCUAUGAUAUACGAUGACAAUGCGGAUCUUGGUGGCCAUUUUUUCGACUUGCCUUCCGAAUUGAUCAAAGGCGGUCCGGGAGGGAACGAUCAAGACGAUCCUGUUUCAGCUGCUUUCGUGUUUGACAAGGAACCUAAUUUGGAGAAAGAAAUCAAAGGUGUUUUGAAGACUUCUGGUUCGAAAUCAAGAAGAUCUAUGGAGUCGCCACGUCACGUUCGGUUCUCAACUUCGUCGCCGGUUUCUUAUCCAACGUCUCCGACACAUUCAAUCACGCCACGGUUGUUACAAGCCACCGAGGAUUUCAGUAGUUUCUUGGAAGCUCAAGCCGUGUGAAUAAUAAAAAAAUGGACAGUUU